CACACACUCUCACUCACUCACAUACGCAUGCCCCUGGAGCGCAUAGACACUCCGCUAUAGACAAAAACACUAGAUGAGCGGUGCCAGAGAUGGAAUGAAUUCUCCUUCGGAAGAUAGUGUAUUCAUGUGUGUCACAGUUCUCAUGAUUUGCGCUCCAUUCUUGCCCGAAAUACGAAGACGUCUUGUCGGUUGAUAGCUCAGGCAGCUGCGUCUCAGUGGUCGUAAGUGACCGGAGUCCUGAAUCCCUGUGAGCAGAGAGAGAGAAGGGGAGAAAGGCAAGCGCUUCAAUCGUAUUUGGAGGUAGACUAAGAGCCGCUUAUCAGACCCUGUAGGAAAUAGCCCGGAGGUUCCAUAUCAGUGGACAUGCUCUGUAUGGAACUGGGGAAUCAAGAGGAAUUUAUUUCAUCCACUUUGCUCGACGAGGCUCAAUAACUCAAGUCAUGACGAGAAGAUGAAAGUUAUAAAGUGCGUCUUUCAAGUAGCCUAUAUGCCUACUUCGGAGGGAAAGCUGUUCACCGCUGUCUUUAGCCUAUUUUUAUUCAAUUAAGUGCACUUGGAACAAACAUUAUUCGUUGCUUGUUUUAGUAAAAUAGGCUACGUGGAGUAAUAGCAUUUGUCCCUGCAUUUUCUGCAAAAAAAGGGUGUGGAUUUUCUUGAUGGACAACUAAUUUGAUCCCGGGAGGUAACAUUUAAAAACAACAAGACAUUGAACAUUGCCAAAAUGGAUAUGCUAUCAUCGCUGAUUGGAUUUUUACUUGCAAUUUGUCUAACACUGGGAGUCUGUGGAGACCAAGGUGAGGUGUGUGGGGACACCCUGGAUGCCAGCGACCCAGGGUACAUCACGUCCCCAGGCUACCCUCUGGAGUACCCGCCCCACCAGAAUUGCCAGUGGGUCAUCACGGCCCCGGAGCCCUCCCAGCGCAUCGUCCUCAACUUCAACCCCCACUUUGAACUGGAGAGACUGGACUGCAGGUAUGACUUCAUUGAGAUCCGUGAUGGGGGUUCGGACUCGGCUGAGCUGCUGGGUAAACACUGCAGUAACAUCGCCCCUCCAGCCAUCAUCUCCUCUGGCACUGCCCUGCACAUCAAGUUUGUCUCAGACUACGCCCACCAGGGGGCUGGCUUCUCGCUGCGCUACGAGAUCUUCAGGACAGGAUCGGAAUUCUGUUUCCGGAAUUUCACCAGUCCUUACGGAGUGAUCGAGUCCCCUGGCUUCCCUGACAAGUACCCCCACAACCUGGAAUGUUCUUACAUCAUCAUAACUCCGCCCCACAUGGACGUGACCCUGACCUUCUUGACCUUUGACCUGGAGAAUGAUCCCCUGCUGUCAGGAGAGGGAGACUGCAAGUACGACUGGCUGGACGUGUGGGACGGGCUGCCCCAGGUGGGCCCUCUGAUUGGUCGUUACUGUGGUACUAAGAUUCCUCCUGAGAUCAAGUCGUCGUCUGGUCUGCUGUCUCUGUCCUUCCACACGGACAUGGCUGUGGCCAAAGACGGCUUCUCUGCUCGCUACAACAUGACACACAAAGAAGUCAGCGAUACAUUCCACUGCAGUACAGCGUUUGGUCUGGAGUCAGGGAAGAUUUCGGAUGACCAGAUCUCAGCCUCGUCCUCCUUCUACGACGGCCGCUGGUCCCCUCGCCAGGCCAGGCUCAACAACAUCGACAACGCCUGGACACCCAGUGAGGACAGCACCAAGGAGUACAUCCAGGUGGACCUCCACUUCCUCAAGGUGCUGACAGGCAUCGCCACCCAGGGAGCGGUCUCCAAGGAGACCCAGAAGUCCUACUAUGUGACCACCUUCAAGUUGGAGGUCAGCACCAAUGGAGAGGACUGGAUGACUUACCGCUACGGCAAGAAUCACAAGAUAUUCCAUGCUAACACAGACCCGUCUGAGGUGGUGCUGAACCGCGUACCCCAGCCGGUCUUAGCCCGCUUCGUACGCAUCCGGCCUCAGAGCUGGAAGAGCGGCAUUGCCCUGCGCUUCGAACUCUACGGCUGUCAGAUCAUAGAUGCUCCGUGUUCAGAGAUGCAGGGCCUCCUCUCUGGCCUGCUCCCCGACGCCCAGAUCUCAGCCUCGUCGGCUCGAGACAUGCUGUGGUCCCCGGGGAACGCCCGCCUGGUGGCCAGCCACUCAGGCUGGUUCCCCGGCCCCGCUCAGCCCCUGGCUGGGGAGGAGUGGCUCCAAGUGGACCUGGGUGUCCCCAAGAUGGUCCGGGGGAUCAUUACCCAGGGGGCGAGGGGCGGAGAGGGGACAAGCAGCACCGACAACAGGGCCUUUGUGAGGAAGUACCGCGUGGCGCACGGUCUAGACGGGAAGAACUGGGAGUAUGUCAUGGACAGCAAGACCAGCCUGCCCAAGAUAUUUGAGGGGAAUACCCACUACGACACCCCUGAGCUACGGCGUUUUGAGGAGACCCUGGCCCAGUUCAUCAGGAUCUAUCCAGAGAGGUGGUCUCCUGCCGGGAUCGGGAUGAGAGUGGAAAUACUGGGCUGUGGCGUGCCAGAAACCAGCACUCUGGCCAACACAGCCACUCCCACUUUGUCUAGUCCAAUGGAGAGCAGCACUGCCCAGCGGGCGAGCAGAGGAGCUAGCUCCUCCCCUCCAUCCAUGGGUGGUGUGUGUGACUUUGAGCAGGGCCUGUGUGGCUGGACUCACGACCCCAGCGCCUCGCUCCAUUGGUCCCUCCACAACAGCUCCAAAGCCCCAGCCCAGGGCCCCAGCCUGGACCUCACUCUGCCCCCCACCGACCUGAAUAGCUACCUCUACAUCGAAGCCAACCCCAAGACGGAGCAGCAGCGAGCCAGGAUCCUAAGCCCCAUGGUGGGACUCGACACGGGGCCUCUCUGCCUGCUUUUCUCCUACCAGCUGUGGGGAGAGGCCCAGGGCACCCUGCGCAUCCUUCUCCGCGAUGCCCAUCACGAGGAGACCCUUCUAUGGGCACUCCGCGGCAACCAGGGACCCGUUUGGAAGGAGGGUCGCACCAUCCUGCCCCGAUCCCCCAAAGAGUUCCAGGUGGUUAUGGAAGGCUUCGUUGACCACGGAACCAAGGGCCAUAUCAUGAUCGACAACAUCCACAUGAAUUUUGGUACACCGUUGGAGGAGUGCACACAACCUUUCGCUGCCUUCCUUCCCGACAUGACAGGGGGAGGUGUUCCUGGCGGGAGUGACCCCACAGUAGACACGUUGGCGCGGCCACUCGUACCCACCCUCUGGUACUACCUCGUGGCCGCCGGGGGUGCCCUGAUACUCCUGGCAGUGGCCAUCUUGGUACGAGCUCUCUGUUGCCUUCGACGAAGGCUGGCAGCGAAGAAGAGCCAACUCUCUGUGGCCUACCACAGCCAGUCCCAGUACUUUCAGUACUCCCAGUGCUCAGCCAGUAACCCGGUAACGGCCGCUCCAGGGACGGAGCCCGUGCUCACCGUGAGGCUAGACAACCACGGCCAGCAAACAUAUGCCCUCUGCUGAAAGGAAGAGGUGGACCUUACAGCUAAACCCUUCCCCUUCUGAUGGCUCAUGGACGACGCAACGGGGGACAAGGAUUGGAGUGGUAUUGACAGUGACAUUUUCCGGGUCCUGCUUUCAUCAGCAGUGGAUGAUACUGUUCACAGACUAGCUCUUCGAACGCCAUUUCUAUAACUUGAACCUGUCUACGGACUACGUAGAGAUGAAGCGAUCGAUGCGAUUGGCUUGUUUCAAACCCAACCUCCAGCCUUACAGGACUGUUGGUUCUAGUUCUAGUCCCUACCCCAUGGGCUUCCUGGAAUCACGCCAGCACGGACACACUCAGUGUGGCUAACCUCCCGGCCCGGUGUGAGUGUAGUGGUUCAGCCAUGUAAACCAUCCAGCGCUGUCAGACCACAAACAGACAAGUGAGAGAUACUGUCUUACUGACAGCUCUGCUGGCAACACUCUGAGAGAGGAAGAGAAGAGGGAGAGGAGGGGGAAUGUUACAGUCAGAGACAAUGGAUGCGCUACAGGAGCUACUUCAUUGUAAAGAUUGUGCUUCAGGACAGGCUGCUAAGAUGUCAGUGUUACUAUUACUGAAGGAGAUGUUAAAUAGAUACUGUUACAGUUGUCUAUGUUUUGUUUAUUAUGAGUGGGCCGAGUUAUUGGGUAUUACCAGUGUAAGACAAAAAAAAGCAUGUUUGAAUAUGAAGUUGAGCUUUUAUGUGUCACUCUUAUUGACCUGAGGAAUCAAUCUCAUUCGCGCAGCUCAAGAAUAACAUUUUAGUAGCUCCACACCGGAAACCCUGCAUCAAGCUUUUGAUUGAAUAUGACCCCUCAGUCAGUCUGUGAGCAGAGUCCCUCUCUUUAUAAUAUCAUCAUUAUCAGUGAUUAAUGUUCAUUCACACAUUGUUUGUGUUCUAUCUUAGAAAGUCCUCAGUGGCAUCACUCAUGUGAAAACGUGGCUGAUAAGCCCCACAUCCAACUCUAUGCAAUACUCUCAAACAGCUGGAAGCCAUUUUUCUUGUCUUCUGUUGCGUGUGCUCUGAAUUGACAAUCCUCCAAAACAUAGAAACCAAAGACAAACUACAAACAAUGCUUCCCAAUAACUUAAGAUGGAUGCUGGCAGGAUGCAUCCCUCAUUAGAAAGUUGAGGGUAUAAACAAAAUGGCAAAGAAUGUAAUGAUAUAACAACUGGUGGCCAAGAUAAUUGGAAAUAUGUUUGAAAUGGGACCAGGCCCAAUUAUGAUAAUAGUUAGCACAUAUUUAAGUUGGUUUGUUAGUGGUUAUGGAGAGCUCUGAGAAUCAGAUGGCCCUUAAAGGGGAAGUUCACCCAAAUUACAAAACUGUGGCCAUGUAAAUAAAGCCUAAGCAUGGAUUCUAUAGACUGCUUUCAGGGGAAGAAAAACAAGAUUUCAUUUUGCGUGAACUAUCCCUUUAAUGAUAAACAGUUAUCAAUCUCAGCAUUAUUGUACAUCCAGAGGUAGUUUAGUUCAAUUCCUGCCCAUUUAACCACCAAAUAUGUCAGAGGUGCUUUCCGAUCUCAAAAGCAGUCUGAGUCCACGUCCCAUAGUUGUGUUGAUCCACCGAUAUGCCUCAACCCCGAAUGAGUGGAAAAGAUAAACAACAUAAAAUCAGUAAAUGAUGGUGCUUCCAUUUACAACCGGUGGCCUGGGACGUGAACUUAUCUCAAGAUAAGACCAAUUCCCAGGUCUGAAAGCAUCUGACAAACUUUGAGUUUGUAAUGAACUGUCCCUUUAAGUAGGACAACCGAAUGUGUUUGGGUUAGAGUGAUGCCUCCACAUUUCUAUGGAAGCCACUAUGUUAUCUGGGGGUUUUGAUAAGGGCUAUAAGGGACAUAUAGUCUUCCAUUGAGUGGGGUGAAUGUGUGUGGCAAUCAGGCUUUUUACUUUUCUCAGAGUGAAGAUAAGUUUUUUUGGUACCCUCUCACAAUGUGCUUUUAAAUUAACUGGGGGUUGGGCACCCCACUCUGUCCAUCUCACCGUAGGUCCUCUCCAAGCUCUUAAUAUCUCUAAUCAGGUAAUGGAGCGAUAACAUUUUAUUUAGUCUGUAGUAAGCACUUUUUUCUUUUCCCGUCUCCUGCACACACAGGCACAAUCUCUCAUGCAUACACACACACACCCACACGUACACUCUCUCUCUCACAUAGGCGCACAUACCAGCAGCCGUUGCCCCUGGACACCAUAUUAAUGAUUCUCGUUGAGGGCUCCAGUUAAGGUGUUCCUUGCCAAGCAAUUACUCCCACCUCUGUCCAUAUGCCAAGUGUUGCACACACACCUCUCAAGAUGACAAUAAACGUGAAGUUAAAGUGCCGUUUUCAAAAACAGCGCCAGGGUGAAUUUUGGGGGAGGGCUAGGCUUAAGCACUUCUAAGCACCACUCUCACUGCUGAUACUCAUUGGUAUCUCAUGAUGACCACACCACAUCACAAUGCAGUGGGCGGAAGCCAGGAGGGAACUGUGUUUUCUCCCUGUCUGUUUACAGCUCAGUGCAUAAUCUAUUUGUAGGAUGAGGAGGAUGAUGAUGAUGAUGAUGAUGGUAAAAUUGUUUGCUGAUACUUUACUUGGGCUUCGCACCUCUUUUGUGAGCAAUGUGAAAAGUGUGUUCUAGUUAAAUGAAUGUGAAUAUAGUAUGAUCUGUGGUAAUAAAGUGAUAUUUUUCUACAUUGUGAUAUGUGUCUGUAUGCCAUUGGGAUUUAGCAGUCCCAACACACAUUAGAGUCAUUAGUGAGUGUAAUUAGUAAUUACAAUGAAGGAAGAUUUGACAUAGACAGCUUACAUUGCACGAAACCAAAAUGUACUGUAUGGAUGCUUGGCGUUGUACAAUCGUUCUGUUG